UGUAACCUUCUCCCUUACUAAUUCUUCCCAUCCCAACAAAAAAGAACUCCCAAUUCUUCUUGUACCAGAAAUAGAUAGAUCUAUGAAUUUGUAGCAGCACUAGAGCAAACACAGUGAACCACCCAGUUAUUGAAAAAUGGGAGCCAACAGCGACCCAACAACGAACCCAGCAGAACUAUUCUCCGACGACCUCCUGAAACAACGGUCCGAAAUCUACACCUACGAAGCACCAUGGCACAUCUACGCCAUGAACUGGUCCGUCCGUCGUGACAAAAAGUACCGUCUCGCCAUCGCAUCUCUCCUCGAACAAACCCCAAAUAAAGUCGAAAUCGUCCAACUCGACGAUUCCACCGGCGAAAUCAAAUCCGACCCUUCUCUCUCCUUUGACCAUCCUUACCCACCCACGAAAGCCAUUUUCAUACCCGACAAAGACUGCUCAAAACCCGACCUUCUGGCCACCUCCUCCGACUUCCUCCGUCUCUGGCACAUCAACCCUGAUUCUCUCUCCUCCACUCGUGUAGAACUCAAAUCCUUCCUUAAUGGUAACAAAAACUCCGAGUAUUGCGGUCCUUUAACUUCCUUUGAUUGGAACGAGGCUGAACCGCGUCGUAUUGGGACUUCUUCUAUUGAUACGACGUGUACUAUCUGGGAUAUUGAAAGAGAAACUGUUGAUACUCAAUUGAUUGCGCAUGAUAAAGAGGUUUAUGAUAUUGCUUGGGGUGGGGCUGGAGUAUUUGCUUCGGUUUCAGCUGAUGGGUCUGUUAGGGUUUUUGAUUUGAGAGAUAAAGAACAUUCCACUAUUAUAUAUGAGAGUUGUGAGGCGGAUACUCCAUUGGUUAGAUUAGGGUGGAAUAAACAGGACCCUAGGUAUAUGGCUACCAUUAUAAUGGAUAGUCCUAAAGUGGUGGUGUUGGAUAUACGGUUUCCGACGCUUCCGGUGGUGGAGUUGCAAAGGCAUCAAGCUAAUGCUAAUGCUAUUGCUUGGGCACCUCAUAGUUCUUGCCACAUUUGUACUGCUGGGGAUGAUAUGCAAGCUUUGAUUUGGGAUUUGUCUUCCAUGGGUCAGCCUGUCGAAGGAGGGUUGGAUCCCAUUUUGGCCUACACCGCUGGGGCUGAGAUCGAGCAGCUUCAGUGGUCGUCGUCUCAGCCUGAUUGGGUUGCCAUUGCUUUUGCUAAUAAGCUCCAGAUUCUCAGGGUUUGAGUUCAGAGUUUCAAUCAAUCACUGUUCUAUUGGUUAUUACUUAUUACUUAUUUGUAGGGUUUCAUUGAAAAAAAGUGUAGUAUAAUUAAUUGUCUAUUUAUCAAAGGAGAAUCUGUUAUUUACUCA